AUGGCGGACGCGCUCUCCAUAGAACAGAAUAACAAAAUCAGAGUCGCACUUGGGUUGAAGCCACUCCCCGUUCCUGGUGCCGACGCCACCUCUGGCCCUGUGUUCAAGGAAACCAAAGACGGCUCCUCAUCCGAAAACGAAGAAGAUCCCGGAAGCACACUUGAGUCGCGCCAAGCGCUUGCCUCAGAGAACUGGAAGAAAUUACAAGAUGAGGCGGAAGUCAAGCGCCGACGAGAAGCCAAGAACGCCGCCAUCAAGAGAGCUCGUGACCUCGCACAACGCGAUCUCAAACUUGAAGGGUCUACACUAGGAGAAUCUGGUGAUGUGGAGGUUGAUACGAAAACGUGGCUGCUGCAGGCAAAGAAGCGGCAAAAGAAGAUCGAGAAGGAACGCGCACGCAAACUGGCGGAGGAGCUGGAGGAACGUGAACGCGCAGCAGAGUACUCCACAGCCGAUCUGGCUGGCUUGAAAGUUGGACAUGAGGUUGGCGAAUUUGGAGAAGGCGAAGAACAUAUCCUGACCCUCAAAGACACGACAAUUGACGAGAACGAGGAGGAGGGCGAUGAACUGGAGAAUGUUAAUCUACGGGAACAAGAGAAGGUCGCAGAAAAACUGGAAUUGAAAAAGCGUAAGCCUGUCUAUGAUCCCACGGCCGAGAAUACUGGGAUCCUUGCGCAAUAUGAUGAGGAAAUUGAUGGGAAGAAGCGCAAACGCUUCACACUUGACGCUCAGGGUUCCACGGCCGAAGAGCGAGAAGCAAAGCGACAAGAGGUAUCAGACAAGCUUAAACACAACAUCGUCAGCCUUGACCUCAGUGCAAUAGAGGCUCCGGUUUCAGAUUACAUGGAUGUGAGCGAGAUCAAAAUUAAGAAACCAAAGAAGAAGAAGGCCAAGGCUACCAGACAACGGGCGGUCCUGGACGAGGAUGAAAUUUUCCCUGCUGCUGAAUCUAUCCCAAACGGAGCUAUGGAAGUUGACACCAGCAAUGGAGAGCCUGUUCCAGCUCCCCGAAAAUGGGAGAGUAACGAGAAUGUGUCUUUUGUUGAUGAUGACGAUCUACAAGCCUCGCUUACUCGUCAAAGACGCGCUGCCUUCAAAACGCGGCAGAAAGUGCGUCCUGAGGAUAUUGCACGACAGCUUAGGGAGGAGGGAUCACAAACGCCAAUGGAGAUGGACAACGAAGACACAGAAGAGCCGGGACUGGUCAUCGACGAAACUUCUGAGUUUGUCUCCAACCUCCAGAAGCCAACCCUUCCAGAGCGCCGCGAACGACGACGAACAACUACGCCGGCUGAGAGCGUCAAGCAAGAACCAGAAGAGGAAGGUGCAGACGUGGAUAUGGAGAGAUCGUACAAUGACGUUGAAGAUGAAGAAGAGCUCAAAGAACGCAUCAAGCGGGAAGAGUCUGCGCCACAGCAGAUUACUGGUACCGGACUGGAGGAAGAAUCUACUUUAGACCAAGGUCUUGGUGCUACGUUGAACAUGCUCAAACAGCGCGGAUUGGUCAAACCUACAGACGCGGUCGAAAACAACUCCCUCCUUCGGGACCGACAACGGUUCCUUCAGGAGAAAACCCACAUGGAGACCGAAGCAGAGAAGCGUGCUCGGCAGCAGCGUGAACGCGACCGUGCCUCCGGUAAACUCGACCGGAUGUCGGCCCGCGAGCGUGAAGAGUAUGCGCGGUGGGAGAAUAAGCAACGUGACCAGCAGGAUGCACGACAUAUGGCGGAAGUGUUCAACCGGGAGUACAAACCAGACGUGCAGCUCAAGUAUGUGGAUGAAUUUGGCCGGUUGAUGAACCAGAAGGAAGCCUUCAAGCAUCUGAGUCACCAGUUUCACGGCAAAGGUAGCGGCAAGAUGAAGACAGAGAAACGGUUGAAGAAGAUUGAAGAGGAGAAGAAACGCGAGGCCAUGAGUGCUCUGGACAGCAGUCAGCAUACAGGCAUGAACAGUGCCAUGGGAGCCACAGCCCGCAAGAACCGCCAAGCUGGUGUGAGAUUGGGAUAA